AUGGAGUCGCCACAAAAGUUGCGCCCGCUCAUCAUCAUGGCGAUGCUACUGCUGCUCGUGAUGGCUGCGGAAGGCCAUAAACAUUGUCCGGAGGACUUGUGUGAAGGACCAAGUGGCAAGUUCAAAGGUGCAUGUUCGCAGGACGACGAAUGCCAAGAAACAUGUGGGGAAGAGGGUUUUCAUACUGGCUUUUGUAAAGUUGGGCCUUUUAAUGGUGCAUGUAAAUGUUUCUUGUUUCUUCACUACAACACGUCCGGUUUGCUACUGCUUUGGCCCGUGGUAGAAGUCAUAUUUCAUAGCGACGGUCUUGAGGACCGUUGCCAAUCUCCCGUCGUAGAUUGGAAGUGCGAUGUUUUUACAAGACCGACAUGGAUCCAUGACGAGUUUCGACUGCCUGCCUGGACCCGAGGCCUACCCGGCCCGAAUCAAGAUAGUUAUACUUGUGCUGUCGUAGAAGUGUUCCAUGAGAAUACUCAAAUUAUCAUCAUGGAAGUGUCCACUUCCAUGACGAUAAAUGGGAGUCAUGGAAGUGUUUUCGUCAAGGUUAACAGACACGUGGCAUCCAUCAUAACGGGUCGUCGUUAA